UUUUACUUUUAUCUUGCAACUACCCUUCCACCCAGAUGAUCCUACCAUGGAUCUGACCAACCUUGUGCAUCAGAAGCUGCUUUCUCCUACCAGGAGUAGGACUGAACCGUCGACCCCUCUGCGAAAAGUUAUAAGGACCGAUGAGACUCUAAUAAAUAUUCCCAUGUCUGAUUCAAGACUACGAGGCAGGACCCGGACUAGUGAUAUUCAUCUUCCUCCUCAAGAGCUUCCAGAUAUAAUAGCUGCCUUGAAUCGCUCCGGCAGGUCCCAGUCUCGUCUGCGAUUGCGUCCUAGAUCUCGUUCAAGACCUCGUACUCCUGAAGCUGAAACACCUAUCCGUCGAAGUCAUCGAAGGUCCAGUGACCAUUAUGUUUCAAGAUCAAUUCGAAGAAGAAGAUCAUCAACUGGAAUGCUCCAAGAGCAGCAGCCAUCGUAUGACCCUAACUAUGGAGGGUCAAUUACCAUUGGGUACUUACGAGCUUUAUGUAAAGUUCUGAUCGAGGAACAAAAUAGACAAGCUAAAGAGAAGCAACCAUCACCCCCGGAUAACUCGAAAGAAUAUAAAGAGAAGAGACACUUGUAUCCCAACAUACCGUCGCAGAAUAAUGAUCGAUUCCACAGUGACAAUAUACCUCAGGAAUUCGAUCAUUCGCUUCCAUUACCCUCAGAUGAAGUACUUGGAUCACCUAUUAAUCAUCAUCGUAUAGUUGACGAUCUUAAUGGGAAUACCGAUGGAGCUGUUACAAAUAAGAAAUUAGAGGACCCCUUACUGCUGGGCAUCAUGACUCCAAGGGAAAGUGGGUUCUUAGAAGAUCAGGAGUACCCCCGCCAACGGCCUGGAUUCAAAUCGUAUCUCGAACGGAUUAUAGAAAGCCAAAGGAAAAGAAAAAAUAGGAAAACCACCCUGACAAUCAAUUUCACUGUCGACAAAUCACCUGAAAGUAUAGGCAGAAGUGAAAUUCAAACCAAAGGUGCUACAGAUCGUGAAAAUGAAGAUUCCACAGGGUUUAUUAUAAAAGAUUUAACAGAGUUGGAAGAAUCAGAAAAAACGAGAAGAAACUCUUCUACUGUAAACCUGGGAGUCGUUACGCCACCAGAUGCCUCAAAAGAAAUAUCGAACUUCACCCACGAAACACCGGAACAGAAUACCCUGGGCUAUUUACAAGAACCUAAGUCAGCGGAGGUUGAGUCUGAACUUAAUGAUGUUCACGAAUCACAAGGAAAGGAAGUGAUAGCUUCUGAACCAGACCAAUUCAAUAUCGAACAACCCCAACUUGAGAAUGACGAACAUUACCAAGAUGAUAUGAAUAAUAUAAAUAACGUAGAAAUGAUGAGUCCUGAAAGCCCAAACACAAACUUGAGUCUGAAACAAUCUCUGGCAGAAGAUAGAGAAUCAGUCCAAAUGACUCCUCAAUUCCAUCAAUCCUUCGAGCAGAUUGACAUAGGCGACUUACAAUAUAAUGACUAUUCGAAUUCACAAUACUCCCCAAGCAAGAUUGUUACACCAUCAAACGCUGGCACCGACUAUCCCAAUCAAGAUGACCAUGCUAUCCAAACAGACUCACCUGAAGGAAUGAUUCGUGAGCAAUACAUGCUAGGCAGUGAUGAUUUGGAAGAAACACAGAGAGACUUCCUUGAAGAACAUGAAAGCCGUGUCAAAGAAGCUAAAGGAGAUGUAUUUACAUCGACAAACAAGAAAACUCCUACUUCAGCCAAGGAAGGCUCUAAGAAAAUUACUGUUCAAAAAGUUCCCCUGGCAACGGCCAGCCAUAUCCCUAUCCGAAUGGUGAAAGAUUUGGUCAAGACAAUCAGCACUACGUCUUUUAGCCAAAAUCCAGGGCCACCUAGGAAAAAGAAGAAGUUGGAGCAAAUUCCAACCACGACACAACAAACCCUUAAAGAGUUGUCCGAAGAUUUUCUACAAAAUAUAGUUUCAGAUUUGGAAGCAUUUGCGGUCCAUAGAAAAUCUAAACGUAUUGGACUUAAGGACGUUCUAUUAUUUUUGAAUAGGGUAAAAGAUUCUGAAGAGGAUAACUGCAGUGAAGUGGAGAAUAUUUCCAAGUUGGCUCAAAGGUUUUUACCCUUGGAGUCAUUAAUCUUGCUCGACAACAGCUUGGCUGACAGUAUGGAGCCUAAGAAUCAUUCCUCGGGUAGGAAGAAAGAUUCUGAAAAGUCAGAAGUGAAAGGUGAAAAAUCCUCGGAGGAAAGCAUACGAACUGAAACAAGACACUUGGGUGGAUUCAGUGAUUCUGAGGAAAAUUAGAAUUAUCAAUAGAUCGAGGUCUGUAUUAUAACUUAUGUACAUUAAAUAUAAAUAGAAUAUCUACAGGAUGUUUACAAUUUGAAAAUCAACUUAAGCUGCCAGCCUUUGGGCAGCUAGUUCGUUCUGCUUACCUUUGACCAACUUGUAAAGCUCGAAAAUAGCAGCAGGGGUGAUACCUUGAACCCUUCUGGCUUGACCAAUUGUCUCCGGUUGAACGGUGUUAAGUAAAGUGCAGAC